CACCUCCGAGCGGGCUGAACCCUUGUGCACGCCAUCGACUUUGGCUACGUGGUGGCACUUUUUGUUCCUUCUCCCGCCCAUCGACACCACCAACAUGGCGCCGCCUCUGAUCGAAAGGGCGGAGAUCAAGUCCGCCAGCCUUCACAAUGCCCGGCCGCUACUCCUCCACGUCUACGUCCUUCCCUUCGUCUUCCUCUGGCCGCUCUUCUUCAGCUACUACCUCCCACAGGAGAGCUACGAUACGUACAUCAACGGCCAGGAAUGGACUUUCGUAUUCGCCGGCAGCAUUGUCACAGUGCAGUCUUUGCUAUGGCUUAUGACAUUUUGGAACGUCAACAUUCGCGCCCUUUUCACCGCGAACUCGGCGAGCAGUGUAAGGAACGCCAGUCUGAUCAAGGUGAUCCCAAAGGAGAACGCAGGCGCAAGCGAGAUCUGCAAAAUUGAGAGAGACAAUGUUGGAGGAAGGGAAACUGUUUCCUUCUUGUUCCAAAAGAGACGCUUUCUAUACGAUGAGGCUAGAGGCAGUUUUGCGCCCCUCAACUACGCGAUCGACGACGAGCCAAAGCCGACGAUUGGUACAUUCCAGGCUUCCAAAGGACUGCAAAAGAGCGCGGAAAUUGAGAAGUUGACGCAAUACUACGGAAAGAAUCUGUUUGAUAUCCCAGUCCCGACAUUUACGGAGCUUUUCAAAGAGCACGCUGUCGCGCCGUUCUUCGUGUUCCAGAUCUUCUGUGUUGGUCUGUGGAUGCUGGACGAAUACUGGUACUACAGUCUCUUCACGCUGUUUAUGCUGGUCGUUUUCGAGAGCACUGUGGUGUGGCAGCGGCAGCGGACUUUGACGGAGUUCCGUGGCAUGAGCAUCAAGCCGUAUGCGGUCUGGGUGUACAGAGAGAACAAAUGGGCUGAGGUGCAGAGCGAUGCGCUUCUGCCUGGCGAUCUCGUAUCUGUGGGUAGGACGAAAGAGGACAGUGGAGUGGCCUGUGACAUGCUGCUUGUUGAGGGCAGCGCCAUUGUCAACGAGGCUAUGCUUUCUGGCGAGAGUACGCCUGUGCUCAAGGACUCGAUACAGCUCCGACCGGCAGAUGCAAAGAUCGAACCCGAGGGACUCGACAAAAAUGCGUUCCUGUGGGGUGGCACCAAAGUCUUGCAGGUACAGCAUGGAAAUGCUGCGACCGAUGCGCCUAGCACGAUUCCGCAAGUGGCUUCUGGCGUUCCUCCUGCACCCGAUAAAGGCGCUUUGGCCGUCGUUAUCAAGACUGGAUUCGAAACCAACCAGGGAGCACUUGUUCGCACCAUGAUCUUCUCUACUGAACGCGUUGGCGCAGGUAAUGUGGAAGCGCUGCUUUUCAUUCUCUUCUUGACAGUCUUCGCUGUCGUGGCAUCCUGGUACGUCUGGACAGAAGGUGUCAAGCAAGACCGCAAGCGAUCGAAAUUGCUCUUGGACUGCGUUCUUAUCAUCACAUCUGUUGUGCCGCCCGAGUUACCUAUGGAGCUGUCUCUCGCUGUCAACACAUCCCUGGCAGCGCUCAGCAAGCUCGCCAUCUUCUGCACAGAGCCGUUCCGAAUUCCUUUUGCUGGCCGUGUGGAUGUGGCAUGUUUCGACAAGACGGGUACACUCACUGGAGAGGACUUGGUUGUUGAGGGUGUUGCCGGACUUUUCCUCGGACGCCAAGAUGCGAAGGUCAAGACAGAAUCAGACGGCGCUCAGAGCCAGCUCACUAGGAUAACAGACACCGGAUUGGAAACUACACUGACUCUUGCUACGGCUCACGCACUCGUGAAACUUGAAGAGGGCGAUGUUGUUGGAGAGCCGAUGGAGAAAGCCACACUGCAAUCACUUGGAUGGACGCUCGGGAAGAACGAUACGCUUACGGCCAAGGCUGGAACAAAUGCGCGAGGUGCCAUGGCAGGAGAUCUCGUGCAGAUCAAGAGACGGUUCCAGUUUUCUUCUGCAUUGAAGCGCCAAAGCUCUAUUGCCACUGUAAUCACAUCAGACCGCCAAACCGGGAAGAAGACCAAGAGCACGUUCGUCGCUGUGAAGGGCGCGCCUGAGACUAUCAGAAACAUGCUGGUUGAGGUGCCAUCGAAGUACGAAGAGACUUUCAAAUACUUCAGCAGAAAUGGCGGUCGUGUGCUCGCGUUGGGGUACAAGUAUCUCUCGACCGGUGAUGAGGUCCCUCAGAAGAAAAUUAACGAUAUCAAGCGCGAGGACGUCGAGGGUGGCCUGACAUUCGCCGGUUUCCUGGUUUUGCAAUGUCCCCUCAAGGAUGAUGCGCUCAAGGCUGUCCGCAUGCUCAACGAGAGCAGUCAUCGUGUCGUGAUGAUCACCGGAGACAACCCUCUGACUGCACUCCACGUUGCGAAACAAGUUGAAAUUGUGGAUCGCGAUGCGCUCAUUCUUGAUGCUCCUGAGCAUGAUGAGAGCGGGAAGAAUCUGGUCUGGAGAAGCGUCGAUGACAAGAUCAAUAUUCCUGUUGAUCCUAGCAAGCCGAUCGAUCCAGAAAUUCUGAAGACCAAGGAUCUCUGCGUUACCGGUUACGGUCUUGCGAAGUUCAGGGACACUGCACAAUGGCAUUCACUGUUGCGCCACACCUGGGUCUACGCGCGUGUCUCGCCGAAGCAGAAAGAGGAGAUCUUGCUUGGGCUCAAAGACCAAGGCUACACCACCCUCAUGGCUGGAGACGGCACGAACGACGUUGGCGCGCUCAAGCAGGCUCACAUCGGUGUUGCUCUUCUUAACGGCAGCAAAGAUGAUAUGGAUAAGAUCGCCAAGAACUUCCGAGAAACGAAGAUGAAGGAGAUCUAUGAGAAGCAAAAGGGCAUGAUGCAACGCUUCAAUCAGCCUGACCCACCUGUACCUGUUCAUAUCGCUCACCUGUAUGCACCUGGACCGAAGAACCCACACUACGACAAGGCCAUGGAGCGCGAAGGCUUGGUAAAGCAGAAGAUAAUCGAGCAGAAGAUUGCAGCUGAAGAAGAAAAAGCCGAGAGCACUGCUGACAAGUACACCGCACCUGUUGUCGAGAAGACCGAGCAAGAGCUCAAGAAGGAGAGGGCUCAAAACGCAGCAAGCGCGAUGGCAGACAAGCUGUCGAUGUCCAUGAUGGAAAGCGAGCUUGACGAUGAGCCACCGACCAUCAAACUUGGAGAUGCGUCUGUCGCUGCUCCAUUCACGAGCAAGCUUGCCAACGUCAUUGCGAUCCCCAACAUCAUUCGACAAGGACGGUGCACCUUGGUGGCCACCAUCCAGAUGUACAAGAUUCUGGCACUGAACUGUCUCAUCAGCGCUUACAGCUUGAGUGUGCUUUACCUGGAUGGCAUCAAGUUUGGCGACGGACAAGUCACGAUUAGUGGUAUGCUCAUGAGUGUCUGUUUCCUGAGCAUCUCACGUGCCAAGCCGGUCGAGCAACUAUCGCGAGAACGACCGCAGAACAACAUCUGGAACUGGUAUGUCAUCCCGUCCGUGCUCGCACAGUUCGCGGUCCACAUCGCCACUCUAAUCUACAUCACGGACGUUGUCCACCGCUUCGAACCUCCCAAGGAUCGCUCGGAGAUCGAUCUUGAGGGCGAGUUCGAGCCAUCGCUGCUCAACUCUGCCAUCUACCUCCUUCAGCUCAUUCAACAGAUCUCCACGUUCGCCAUCAACUACCAAGGUCGACCAUUCCGAGAAUCCAUCAAGGAGAACAAGGGAAUGUACUGGGGCAUUGUGCUUGUCACAUCUGUGGCUUUCAGCUGCGCCACCGAGUUCAUACCUGAGAUCAACGAGAAGCUCAAGCUCACGCCUUUCACAACGGAAUUCAAGAUCACGCUAGUUACGGUCAUGAUCUUGGACUAUGUGGGGUGCUGGACGUUUGAGAAGAUUCUCAAGAACUUGUUCUCCGACUUUAAGCCCAAGGACAUUGCAGUGAGGAGACCUGACCAGCUUGAGAGGGAGCGAAAGCGUCUUCAACUAGAGCAAGAGAAAGCGGACCGCAAGAAGGAAGAGGCUGCUGGCAAAUUAUAGCGCAGCUCUGCUAUAUUUGUAUGCUGAUAUAGACAACAGAUAGAUAAUUAGAAGCGCUCACAGCUCUUUCUAUUCGGUCUUUUGCGUCGAGGCACUCUUCCUAUCUGCUG